GGCGGGCAUUAUAACGCUUGAGUUACCUCCCGAUUCAGAAGUGCAGAUUUUCCCUUGGCUAACAGCCAACUGAGAUAACUAUCUUAUCUUUCGACCUCUAUGUCUUCGUAACUUACUGUUAAGUCCUCAAUGAGUUGGGCUACAGUUUUCAAGUUGCUUACAAAAGCGAAAAUCCCUCAAUAUUUAGUUGAAAAUGGUUUGAUUUGGAAAACCAAACAAUGCUACUUUUCAGGCAAAUCGGGGUCCAUUUCAAACUCAGUCAAAACAACUGCUCGGUCAAAGCCAUCAUCUCUUGUUGGUAAACAUGCACCUAUCACUUUAACGAAAUCAGCCAUAGCACGUGUCCAAGAGCUUUUACAGAGAAAUCCGGACGCCAUAGGAUUGCGCAUCGGGGUUAGAACUCGUGGUUGCAAUGGACUGUCAUACACUUUAGAUUUCUGCUUCAAGGGACACCAGCCUGGGGAUGAAGUUGUGGAACAGGACGGAAUUCGAAUUUUCAUCGACCGCCGAGCUCAGCUGACAUUACUGGGUACUGAAAUGGACUAUCAGCAAGAUAUACUGUCUAGUCAGUUUGUUUUCAACAACCCUAAUAUUAAAGGGACUUGUGGAUGCGGAGAAAGCUUCAGUGUAUGAAUUGUCUUCUAUGAUUUUGGAUGGUUGUGAUAUAGCUUUCGAGAUACUUUAAAUUUAUAGUAUUAAAUCAGACCUUACUCUACCGAUAGCUGUGUAUAUUACCAUCAAAAUAAAAUCUGCUGAUUGUACUUUCGUACUACACAUAAUGAACAACGUAGCAUUCCCGUCGGUUAGAUUUAUUUAUACUUAUUUAUCUUUCAUAUCCAGACUAGUCAGUAUGGAUAUCACUGUUUAAUGGAAGCGUUGCUUUGUACAAAAUAAAACGUAAUUUGGCAUUUAACACCACUGUACAGCUACUUAAUGUCAUUUCAUGUUCUGAGAAUUAAUGACAUCAUCAAUAAAUCACUGCUUACCCCUUUUAA